AUGCGCGGCGUUCAAAUUGCUUUGGCCGGUGCGUGUUCUUUCACCUUUUUGCUUCUAGCUUGCGCACUUCCUCAAUAUGCUGUUUGGUGGCCAAUGUUCGUACUGAUCUUCUACAUAUUGACGCCUAUACCGGUUUUUAUAGCUCGUAGUCAGAACGAGGCCAAUACAGUGCGGGAUAUUUGCGCCUUUCUAACGGUCAUUCUGAUAUUCUCAGCCUAUGCAUUGCCCAUCUUGUUGGCUCGAGCUCCACUCGGCUCUCCAGCAAUACAAUGGGGAGCAUGUGCGCUUACGCUGACAGCCAACACUCUGAUGUUUGCAGUCAUCUUCUGGGUUCUCCACUUGGCACUGAAGGGCGAUGACCUGUUCAAUUGAUCCUUCCAAUAACUUUCUUUUGCAUCCAUCCUAUUGCUGUAUGUUAAUCUUCAACCCGGCAUUUCUUGGUGAACAGUCAAAAUCCUCUGUCCGCUUGCACCAGUAAAUAGUGUCACGUUGAUCCACCAGAUUUUUCAGUCUACCGGAGCUUUUUGUUACUUUUUCUGUCAUAUUGUGAACCGUAGUAUUUAUCGACGCAAAUUAGACACAAUUG